AUGGUUCAUUACCGUAAACAUAUUAUUGAUCCUGAAACUGGUUUAUGUGAAAUUUGUCAUCGUGGUCUUAUAUAUGAACGAAAAAAAGGAAAAAAAGUAGGAAAACAAUUCUUAUAUACAAAUCAAGAUGGAAAAUUUCAAUAUCGUCCAAGUCAUCCUCAAAAUAAUGAAGUGACACCACGUCCUGCUCGUAAAACUGUUCCUGCUAAAACUGUUCCUGCUAAACCAGCAACUACACCACGAUCACGUUCAUAUAAUAAACCAAUACGUACUGAUAAUGAAGUAACACCACGUCCUGUUCGUAAAUCUGUUCCUGUUAAACCAGUAAUAACUCCACGACCACGUCCUGUCGUUCAUGAAGAACCAGUAGUCGUUCCACAAAGAACUGCUCGACGUUCUUAUUCACCACCAAUUAAUAUUCAAUUACCUCCAGUUCGUGCACCUACACUGUAUCAUGUUGAUGAUCCAAUUCCAGCAGUUUAUCGAAAAGAACCUGUAAGACAAACUCCUCGUCAAGUACCAGUUGAUACUCAUCCGGCUCCUACUCGUGCAACUCCACGACAACCUGUCGAAGAAUCACCAAGACGUACUGUCACUCAAAAUCCUCGUACAUUACAAAAUGAUGUUCAGUAUCCUACUAAUACUGCACCAACACUAUAUCAUAUGAAUGGUGGUACAGCACCUACUCCUCAAACAGUUUAUCAAAAAGCACCUCCUCAAACAACUUAUCAAAAAGAAAUUGUUAAUGCUGGUGCACCAA